UCUCUGGAUGAAAGGAUAGUAAAGAAAACUAAAUAAAGCAUGCCACUCUGUAUUCAUUUCAUUGACUCAAUGUUCUUCUUUUUAUUGCUUCUCUUUGGUCAUAAUGAAUAUUUGAUUGGUUAUGGCAUAAUAUAGAAAAUAAGCAUGUACAUUUCCUGCAAAUUCUUUUUUUUUUCUUUCCUUUUUUUUUUCUUGAUAAUGAAUCGAGAUAGCUUACAACCAUCUGAAAGUGAUAUAGACAAUGACCCUAUGCAUGACAAUGAAGAGGAUUGGCAAGAUGCGGAAUCAACUCAACCGACUCAAAAAGAACUAGAAAACCAGAUUAUCAAUGAAACAGAACUACGACGUCAAAUCAAAGCUAUUCAACUCACCAACUUGACACCUCAGGAAAAAGCAAAAAAAAUACAGUAUCUAAUGUCUCAUGGCAAGACAGAACCAUCACAAGCUAGUUCAAGUAAGGAUCCUGUCGAUCAUGGCUAUUGUAAAUCCUAUCAUAAUGAAGAAGAGGAUGUGUUGGGCUGUAAACAUUAUCGACGUAACUGUAAAUUACAAGCCAAUUGUUGUCAAAAACUAGCCAGUUGUCGUUUCUGUCAUGACGAUGUAGAAGACCAUACGAUUGUUCGAAGUGACACCAAGAACAUGUUGUGUAUGUUUUGUUUAAAACUUCAACCAGCAGCACAAUCAUGUAUGCAUUGUGGAGAACAAAUGGCUCGUUAUUAUUGUGAUCAAUGUAAAUUAUGGGAUGAUGACCCAAAGAAGUCCAUCUACCACUGUGAUGAUUGUGGUAUUUGUCGACAAGGAAAAGGACUAGGCGAAGAUUUCUUUCAUUGCAAGAAAUGUAAUAUUUGUCUCAGUAUUUCAAUGAAACAGCAUAAAUGUAUUGAACGCAACUUGGAAAGCGAUUGUCCUAUUUGUGGUGAAUACAUGUUUACCAGUACUUCCACUGUCAUUUUUAUGCCUUGUGGACAUUGUAUCCAUAAACACUGUUACACUGCUUAUAUUCAAACAUCUUAUCAAUGCCCUACUUGUCUCAAAUCUUUAGGCGAUAUGUCUGAAUACUUUAAUCGACUCGACAAAGACCUGGAAAGACAACCUAUGCCUGCUGAGUACGAAAAGUACAUUUCACACAUCUUUUGUAAUGACUGUGAACAAAAGACACCUGCAAAAUACCAUUUCUUUUAUCAUAAAUGUGGCCAUUGUGGUAGUUUCAAUACAACUGUACUCAAGACAGAGAACACAGAAGAAACAAAACGAACACAACCGACCACAUCCACAGAAGUGUUUGGAUUGGCUUCUUCUCAUAAUUCAGACCAAGAGCAAUUAAUGCAAGCACAAACAGCAGGUAAUUCAACCAAUGCAUUCUUGGGCCAUCGACCUCCUCCUCCUCCUUCUGCCUCUAGUUCAUCUUCAAGAAGAAGAUCUGGAGCUGAAUCCAAUGAAGGAUAAAAUAAAUGUUUAU